AUGUCUUUGACAUGGUUCUCCGCCCACCUCCCUUUCAUCAUGUCUUUCGUCCUAUCCGCAUCAGCCCUCGGCGUCCUAGUCCGCGCCCACGACGCCGCCUCCGCACCCCUAGAAUCUCUAUCAGAAACCUUCGUUUCCCGCUCCGAAGACCACAUCUCCGAUGGCCUAGUCUGGUUCUACUGCGGCGGUCUAGGCAUCUCGCUCCUCUGCCUCACCGUCAUCUCAGCAACACACGUCCACCGCACGAUUCCCAACCAGCGACUCCGCAAACCCGUGCGUCUCCUCUUCCGCGCUGCUGUUUCUGUCAUCAUACUCACUCUUCCUCUUGCACACCUCGAUAGCCUGCGGUUGAUAGCAACGACCACGGGACUAGUCGUGUCUGUGCUAGUGCUUGAAUUGGUCGGCGUGGCGUGCUGGGGUGAAAACUUCUUCUGGGAAAAGGAGUGUAAGAGGGAUCAGGCGACGUAUAGUGCGAGGUGUGCGGUUAAGAGAGAGGAGUUGGAGAAGAGUGUUAGGGAGGGGACGGUUGUGGAUGUAGAAGAGAUCGCGAGGAGGGAGGGUGGGGAGAAGGGCGUUGUUGGUGUGGUUUGA